AUGCAAUUAAAUGUUUUUUUUUUUUUCUUCUUCAAGCGGAAACAUUGCCAUCCAGAAAAACCAAAGAGCUUACGCAUAUAUGAAGCCCAUGUGGGAAUUGCAUCACCAGAAGGAAAAGUAGCUUCAUAUAAAAACUUUACAUAUAACGUACUACCAAGAAUAAAAGAGCUUGGAUAUAAUUGUAUUCAGUUGAUGGCUGUUAUGGAACAUGCAUAUUAUGCAAGCUUCGGUUAUCAAAUCACCAAUUUCUUUGCAGCAUCAAGUUGGGAAGUUUUGAGAUUUCUGCUUUCCAAUUUGCGAUGGUGGAUUAAGGAAUAUGGUUUUGAUGGGUUUCGUUUUGAUGGUGUUACAUCAAUGCUUUAUCAUCACCAUGGCAUAGGAUGUGGUUUCUCUGGUGACUACAGUGAGUAUUUUGGCCUACAAGUGGAUGAAGACUCGCUUGUGUACCUUAUGUUGGCAAACCACAUGGUCCAUUCCUUUUAUCCUCACUGCAUUACAGUAGCAGAGGAUGUGUCAGGGAUGCCCGCUCUUUGCUGUCCUACAACGCAGGGUGGUGCAGGAUUUGACUAUCGAUUGUCAAUGGCUAUACCUGAUAAAUGGAUUCAGAUUUUAAAAGAGCGGAAGGAUGAAGAGUGGAGUAUGGGCAACAUCGUACAUACACUUACCAAUAGACGGUAUAAUGAAAAAUGCAUUGCUUAUGCAGAAAGCCAUGACCAGGCUCUUGUUGGAGACAAAUCUCUGGCGUUCUGGCUUAUGGAUGCUGAGAUGUAUUCAAAUAUGAGUGUUUUGUCUCCACUCACUGCUGUCAUUGAUCGUGGAAUUCAGCUUCAUAAGAUGAUACGUCUGAUAACUCAUAGUCUUGGAGGUGAAGGUUAUCUUAAUUUUAUAGGUAAUGAAUUUGGGCAUCCAGAAUGGCUAGAUUUUCCCAGACAAGGGAAUAAUGAAAGUUACCACUAUGCCAGGAGACAGUUUAAUUUGGCUGAUGAUCACAUUUUGCGUUACAGAUAUCUAUAUCUUUUUGACAGAGAUAUGAAUAAAUUAGAAGACAAGUUUGGCUGGCUUGCAUCACCUCCGGUUUACAUUCCAAGCAGAGUGGCUCUUGUUCUUGAGAAUACAGAUAACUCCUAAGACUGGUCCUGCAUUCGCAGCUAAAUGCAAAAGCUGAAUUUAUCAGACGCUAAAAAGAUUUCUAGCAAUAUCUUGUGUCACUGAAUGUGCCUCACUACUGUAUAUUGCAUAGUAGUUUACAAAUUAGAAGACAGGAAGACAAAACAUUGUAUUUCAUAAUUUACAAUAUUUAAUUUUUGUUUGUUCCUUUUUGAAGUAAUUCCAUUUUUGCAUUGUAUUUAAGGUACAAGGCACCUUUAACCCUUACAAUUAUUUAAAGUAGUCAUAUUGUUUAUAUUGGUCAUUGGUUACAUUUGAAUCCCUGCCUGAAAAAAAUAUAAUUUUAUGAUAAAUUGUCCUCAACAUUCUAAAAAUCGGGUGUUUAUCCAGCAAUUUACCAUACUGUCUUUUUGUUAUUUUUUGCGUUACAAAUGUCUGAAUUGUGUUUUUGUCAAAGUAAACAAUUUCUGACAAUACUGAAUAUCCAGCAUUCAGGUGAUACAUUUUAUACAAUAUAAGAAUUUAAUCUCUGUGAUUCCAUUUUUAAUGAUGAUACUGGAAAGAUUAGUGAAUUAGAUUUGUAGAUAUAAUACAGUUAAACACACAGUUUUUAUGUAUUUGUUCUUCCCUUCCUUUCCUCCAUUUAUACCCAAGGGUUAUAUAUACUAUAGAAACAUCUUUUUUUUUUUCUUUCAAAUACCAGCAAGACAUUUUUUAUAAAUUAGAAAUACUUUUGGGGAGAUUAUGCAAAGAAAUAUUUUUGUUAGAUAUAUUCAUUUUGUAAGAUGACAAUAAACAGGAAAACAAUAUAAUUACUUUGAAAUUGCACUUUAAUUACAUUAUUUAAUAUUUUGAAUGUUAAGAGAAACUUAUUUAAAAAGUAAUCAUACCAUAAUACCAGAUAUAACAGUCUGUUUAAACACAAGAACAGAUAAGAAAAUAUAUUGGGGGGGGGAUGUUUUUUUUUAAUUAGUUUUGAACAUUUUAAAAUGUAAUGCCAGUUUUAUGAUGAUUUAUUUUCAUUAAUAGUCUUAUUUUUUUUAUGUUUAUGCAAUGUUUUGUCUUCAUGAGCUAUCCUUAAGUAAACGUUACAUUUGUCACUGUGUUGCCGUAUACCUAUGAGUUAUUCAUUUUUUUCAUUGUCAAGUUAAACAACAAGUUAAAUACAGUGGGCAUUUAAAAGUGUAUAUGGUGCAAACCUCUAAUAUUUAAUUUCAUGAUUAGUUCUACUUAAUCUGUAAUAUGAGAUCUUAUAUUUGUAAGUCAGUGUCCAAAUGUUAGUUUAGCCAGUCAAAUCAGGGGGGAAAAGUUAAAUGCAGUGCUAGAAUUAGCUUUAUUUCAUUGUGCUAUUUUGGAGUUUAUAGAGAAUUGCUUUUUAUAGAUACCGUCUGUAUUUGAUUGCACAAAUUUAACAAAUUGUUUUUCAUGUUCAAACUGUCAUCUGGGCAAAUUAAGUAUGUUAAUGUAUCUGUUCUGCUUUACCGAAUAAAAACGAACGCUAGUGGAAAAAUAAGAAAUCAAAA